AUGACAGCAUCUCUUCUGUCGCAACUGCUAGUGCCACCAUCCUUGCUAACUCCCCAGAAUUGCCAUGAAUCAUCGCGAAUAUCAGCAUUUCUCCGUCUUUCUCGUCUAGCUUCAGAUGACACUAUCAGGCAACAUCUCAAUGAAGUCAAAACUCCAGCAGGUUGUGACGAUUACUUCGCCUCUACGAUCGUUCCCCAAUGGCAAGCCAGAGCCCAGUUGAUCACCUUCUGUGAGAAUUACGCUGCUGACUUCAGGAAAAAAACUGCCCUGGGAAUCCACGUAAAUCACGAAGAGCCUCAGGGCGGUGCGGCUCACGACAAUUUGCUACCCCAGACUUUCAAUUUGAGGUUGGAUCCUUAUGCUGAAAAGUCAUACAACCAGAAGCUCGAGCAGCAGUACGCUCAAUGCGACUACAUCGACAACUGGGUCAGCAACCAGAAGAAUGUUGAAUCCAUCAUCAGGGAGCAAACAAGUCACGUCCUUAACGAUAAGUGCUAUUAUAACGACUGGUUAGCUCAGUUCAAGAAGUUAGAUUCUGUUAUUAAACAACUGUAA